GGCACCAGAGAACCGGAUUGUCAUUCGUCUUCUAGUUCGCCCAAUAUUCAGUCACAUUUUCCGCAGUAUUUGAUUUAUCUUUUUGAUUUAUUUUAACUCUUAUCAGUAACUCUACAAAGGGGAAUUUGAGGGCGUAUUCGUAGAAUCCUCUGUGUAGCGAAGAGAAGUCUCUAUUGUAUUAAAGAUGCGGGGUGCUGUGCUUGUUCUGCUCGCUAGUUUCUUAUCAAUUUCACUUGGUCAUGAGGAACUUGUUCACACAAUCCAAUUGACGAGUGAGAAUUUCAGUAAGGAAAUUAAGGAGAGUAAUUACUUUGUGAUGUUCUUCGCGCCAUGGUGUGGACACUGCAAGCGCUUGGCCCCAACGUGGGAGCAAUUGGCCGAGAUGUUGAACACCAAGGAGGGUUCGCGGGUGAAGAUCGGAAAGGUGGACUGCACCGAGGAGGAUAGCGUGUGUUCGGCACAUGAAGUCACGGGAUAUCCGACGCUCAAGUUCUUCAAGUUGGGCGAGGCGGAAAGCACGAAGUUCCGCGGCACGCGAGAUCUGCCCACUCUGACCACCUUCAUCAACGAACAACUGGGCGAGACUGAAGAGAAGGAGACUGAGGAUGAGAAGCCGGAAGUGCCGGAAGCUGUCCAGGGCCUGCAGGAGCUCACAGAUGAGACUUUCGGCAAGUUUGUGGCGAAUGGGAAGCACUUUGUCAAAUUCUAUGCUCCUUGGUGUGGACAUUGCCAGAAGUUGGCGCCCACGUGGAAUGAUCUCGCCAAGGCGCUGGAGCACGAGAAGGCUGUGUCCAUCUCGAAACUGGACUGCACUCAGUAUAGGCCCAUUUGCCAGGACUUCGAAGUGAAGGGAUAUCCGUCGCUGUUGUGGAUCGAGGAUGGCAAGAAGGUGGAGAAAUACUCGGGCGGACGCUCUUUGGAUGAUCUCAAGGCCUAUGUGGACAAGAUGGUUGGCAAGGAGGCGAAGCCGGCCGAGAAGACUCAGGAGGACAGCAAAGAGGAUUCACCACAAGUCGCUCUCCAGCUCACUGCAGACACCUUCGAUCAUGCCAUCGAGACUGGAGUGACCUUCGUGAAGUUCUUUGCCCCGUGGUGCGGACACUGCAAGCGCCUGGCUCCAACCUGGGAGGAGCUGGCCGUUAAAUUUGUGGGCAAUGGCAAUGUGAAGAUUGCCAAAGUGGACUGCACCGUGGCGGAGAACAAGGAGUUGUGCUCCCUGCAGGACGUCGACGGCUUCCCCACGCUGCAUUUGUACAAGAAAGGUGCCAAACUGGAGGAGUACAAUGGCUCCAGGACUCUCGAUGCGCUGUACGACUUCGUGGCGAAGCACGACAAGGGACAUGAUGAGCUGUAGAGAGGAUUCAUGAGUGUACAACUGCGGAGGUAUACUUAUGAAGAUAUCGAAUGGGACGAUUGAGGGUGUUCCUUAACUUCCAUUGCUCCAUAAAGAAUUGAAGAAGUUUCCAAUAAAGAAAACCCUUUGUAAA